AUGAACUAAAUUGGAAUUGUUGAUAAAUUAGAUGAUUCCUUCAAAAAAUUCAACUCCCGCAUUCUCGAAGUUGAUCAAGGUCGCAUCAAAUAUUAUUCAAAACCACCACCAGAUUUCCAAUCUGAAAAUCCAAAACUAAACGACAAACCUAAAGCUGGGUUAAAUUUAAAUCAUAUUGUAUAUUAGACUACUCUUCAGCAGCAUCCUGGAUAUUCUUGAAGCUGACCCUAGAAUCAGCAAUGAUCUGUUGCCCAGAGUCAUCGCCUUCACUUUUUAUUCCAAUCAAUUGCUCAAAGGCAAUGAACUCAAUAAACCAGAACCUGCCCUUCCAAAACCAAAACCACCAUUAUAAACUUGGAUUUUUCUAUUCAGAGACAUUGAGUCAAAGGAAAGAUGGUGUGAGAUCUUUGCCAUGAAUUUGCAGAGACAAGAGGCUCCCACUGCUUCUGUUAAGCAAUUUGUAGAAAAUCAAUUGAAAUAAUUAGAAAAACUGAGGUACUUCUUUUCGAUCUCUCCUUUUUAGUCCAGAUCAGAUCAAGGAACAAAAUCCAAUUGAAAGUGUGGAUGAAGAGGAGAAACUCAAAAAUGAGGCAAAGGUUCGAUCUGGGAAAGUUAAAUAAUUUAGAACGAAUUUGAAAUUGUAAGAAAUUGACAGGAAAAAUAAAGAAGAAGAAAUUAAUAGAUAAAGAAAAUAAUAAUUUGAAGAAGAAUAGAAAAGACUCAAUCUCUAAAGGGAAGAGGAAGAGAAGAAGAGAAGGGAGGAAGAACAGCGAAAUUUGAGAAGAGAAUAGGAAAGGUAAAUGAAGUUGCGAAUAUCAACAGCAUGGGAAUUCAGAUAUUAUCAAGCCUUGGAAGACUGUAUUGAAUCAUGUGAUAAUUUUGAUAACAGCAUGAAAGCUGGUCUCAGAUUGAUCAAAUACCUUGAGACUUUCAAAGAACAAGCAUUCAUCUCAGUCAAACAAUUAAUUUGCGAUCUUUUGGAUAAAAAAAUCACUGUUGUCAACCAAAAUCAAAGUGUCAACUUAAUCGAAGAAGACAAUCAAAAAAAAGUAUUGCUCUAUAUAUCAUUAUAAGACCAUAUUCUCUAAGCCUAAGAAGAAGUAAUAAAACAACGAGGAAAAUAAUUAUAUUGGGUAGUUUCAAGAUUGUUUUUACGGCACCUUCUAAUUUAAAAGCAAUAAUAUGCUGAUUUACAUUGCAACAUCUGAAACUGUUGAGAAGACUCUUCUGAUACCUAAUAAAUCAGUUAUGAUUCAAAGUCUCAAUCUAAAUUUAUUAGAAUUACCCUUCUGGUAUGGAAUAGUUCAUUCAAAUUGCAAAAAACGAUAAUUGUCAGAUGAAUUCAAAGCCUUAAAUUAUCUAAAUGACAUUUGUUUCUCCCAAAGAUCUGUGAACAAAUAUUUCAAACUCAAAGUUCCAUUAUCAUGCUAAAUUGAAUACCUAGGAUUUAAAGCCUUGGUCUUAGCAUGUCCUCCCUCUCCUCUAGAUGAUUCAUCUCUAAUUUACGGUGUCCCAAAUGGUGAAAAUUAUUACAAGGCAUCAUAAAAACUAGAACUUGAAAUUGAAGCCUUGGGAAGAAGUUUGGCAAUCAAACCACAUUGUUUUAUGUGGAAAAUCGAAAGAUUUGAUCCAAAGAAAAUACAAUUAGAUACCAAAAGAUCUGUCAUCCAAUUAUCUGUGAAUACUCAAAUACACAGUGGGAAUAUUGCUGAAUUUGAACAAUUGAAAGCCUAGAUUAAAAUUUAUGCAGACCAAGAAUCAGAACAAGAAGUUAAACGACAAGGCUUGUUUUAUUUACUUAAAGUAAAGGAAAUACUACCUUAUGUUAUUGAAGAACAUUAUUCAGAACUGGUUGAACAAUCUAAUAAAACAAUUCCUGCAAAUCAUAACUUUGAUCAUUUACUUUAAAAUUAUGAAUUCAGAAGAGCCAGACCAGAAUUCUUGUCAGUGUAUUAUGAUACAGGUGUCAGUGGUUAAUUGAGAGCAUAAUAGAGUAACAUCCAAAACAGAAAGGUCUAUAAUCCUGAUGCCUAUGACACCAUUGAAGAAUCAAAUGACAUAGCAAUUGAUCAAAUGGCUUUAGCAGAGAUGAGCAAAAACUUCAUUAGAGGUUAUAUCCAAGAAUUCGUGAAUAAAAUCGAUCAAUUAGAAAUAUGUCCUAUAGAUAGUUAUACGCUAAGAGAAUCAUUUAGACUUUUCGGUAUAAACAUGAGAUUCCUUAAUCUGGUGGCAUUGUAAACCAAGUAUAUUCAUUAUAUCAAAUUUAAGAAUUCCCCAUGUUCAAUAGUUAUGCGAAGUGGAAAUGAUGGCUAGAUCAAUUAAAAACAUAUUUAAUUAAUAAUUCACAGAGUUUUUGUAGACAAUAACAGAGGAUUAAAUCCCAUUUAAACCCUUUGAUCCUAAGAAAAUCAUCAGGGACCCCUUUUCAGAUUAAGAAGAAUUGGAAUCGAAGAGACCCUUCCCAAAAAAGCAAUCCAUUAUGUUACCACGCACGAUUAUUUAAGAAAGGGAAACCAUGUCAGAAUUCAUAGAGAUGCAAUACAAGGAGUAAUUGGCAGACUUAUUAAAUUUACUAUUUUCAAAAAGCAACGUGUUUUAUGAAUAAAUUCUCUUUAAAUAAGUGUUAUUUGACUUCAAUUACGAUCUGAAUUUGAAAUUAAAAGGGAUUUGUCCAGGUAGUUUGUUGAGUGCUUUACAAUACAAUUUAAAAUUUGAAUCGAAAUUUGAACCCAAAGACAUAAUUUUUGGAACUCCUUAUGCAUAAUUAGAUGAAAGUGUCAUUAACAAAUUUAAUUUGAAAUAGUACCUACAUUAAAAAACUUACUAGCAAUUAUAUAAAACAUCUAUCAUUCCAGCAUCAUCUCAAAUGACUCCACUGACAACUCCUCCCACCAAAGGAGCUCAUUCGAUAAAGUAAAUGAAUAAAUAGGUGUUCUUUGAUUCCUCCUCCAUAAUUCAGUUAAGAUUCGAUGUUCAGAGUUUCUCUAUGUUAGAAGUUGAGAUCUGUAAACUGGUGAAUAAAUUUAAUAUCUUCAAACUAUAGUAAAACUACCAAUUGGCCAUAAAAGUUCUUCAUAUGUAAAUUAAAUUUUGACAAAAUCAGACGCCUAAACCUUCUUGAAGGACUCGAACAUUCCAGCAACAUAGCUUAGGCCAGAACCAUGGUGUUGACAGACCUAGCAGAAUUGCAUUUCAAAUAGAAGCAGUAUUAACAAACAAUGGUGCGAUUAGCAGAGGCAUUGAAGCACUUGAAUCCCAAUAUUUACCUCGACAGUGAGAAUCUUCUUAAUCAACUUUCCAAUAUGAAUUAGAGAUGGAUUCCCAAAGUGGGAAUGAUUCGACCACUGAUGUUGUUAUUAGAAAUAGUAACUGAAUUAUACUAGGAUUAUGUAUUCAUAGUAUUCGAUUUGUUGAUAUUUAAUUUGGAGUUUUGUUUAGGCUCCCAACAUCAUUACUAUGCUAAGGUCUUCAACAUCAUGGGUACAUUUUUUAAGAACAGAGGCUAAAUAGAAGACAUGCUCUAGAUGAAUACCAUGUAGAUAAUUUGUCUUAUCAAAACUAUUGGUCAUCAGCAUCAAUUGACUGCUGAUGCAUACAUUGAAAUUGGAGAACAAAAGCAAAGUCCUGAAUAAUAAAUCCUCUUCUAUGAAAAAGCAUUUUACAUUUUUGAAACUCUCUACACAGACAAUAGUCUUUAGACUGCCUAUGUGGCUUGUAAAUUAACUAAAGGUUACACUGACUGUGGUAAAAUUAAUGAAGCUUUGAAGAUUAGCUAAUUGGCUUGUAAAAUUCUAAAAACCAAAGCAUAAGAUAAUUUGGCAUAUCUACUAGAAUUGAGUUAUUAUAGAGCUUAUAAUUUUUAUAAGAAUUAGUAAAAAGAAUAGGCUAGAAAGGAAUGCGAAGAGUACUUUAAUGUCUUACUAUUAUAUUGGGAUUAAAUACAGGCUUAUGAUCAGCAGGAUCAAAGUCAUUCCGAUAUAAGCAAUAAUAAUCGGGACUUAUAGUCAUUUCCAAUAUAGUUAAUUGAAAUGACUCGUAAGACUUUGAUAACUUUUACUGAGAUAUUCUUAGCAGAAGCCUCAAAAGAACAUAGAAAUUUCCUAUAUUAGAUGUUUGAUUUGAUUAUAGAGAAUCAUGCGAGAUCUAAUUUAUUGGAGCAAUUUGAUUCCCAAUUCAAUAUUCAAUUUAUUCAUGUGUUAAAGAAAAUUAAAACUUUGGGCAGUUUAUAGGCUUAUUUUGAAUGGUCCUUAAUUUAAUUUGUAGAUAAGACUGGAGGCGAUACAAAUUGGUUAACCUUCAAUUUUAAAGUUUAGAAUUACGAAUAGUUAAAAGAACCAUAUGAAAAUUAUGAAUGCAUAGUAGUCACAAUAGGAAGAAAGAUUUUGGCAUAGAUUUUUGAAAAGAUUAUGAUAAACAAUCCAUGA